CAAAUAAAAUACUUUAUUGAAAAGAAUCUUGUACUUAAAUAUGAAUGUUUUAACAAAUAUAAGUCGAGGAUGAACUGUUUUCGUUAAAUGUUAGAAAUGUGCAUUUCAAUAAUAAAAAUAAAAAUAAAAAUACAAGUUUAUGUCCACCAUACAAUAGUUGCUUACGUCGGAUAUCAUUUAAAAACAGAUUCAUGCCAGACUACUAGAUUCUACGCAUUUUGUAUUAUGUAUAAGGUCGAUGAUCAACAGCAUCAUUGUCGGUUCAACAGGCUUUUAACACGUGCUCAGAGACGAUGGAUGAAGAACGGAUAUGGGAACAGAAACACUUCAAAAAUAAAUUGAUAAUGUUGAACCUCCAGUCAAAAGAGACAUGGACUGUGGAAGACUGGGUGAAAGUAGAUAGACUUUUGAGAUCGACUAAAGGAGACUUAUUGCAGACAUAUAUUUGGCAUCGUUUCCGUAAACGAUUUGAAAAAGAGGUAAAAUUGUUGACGAAAAACUUACUGUCUAAAGAAGCAUGGACUGAAACAGACUUGAGGAAAGUUAACAGCAUAAUGUUUCAUAUAUUAGUCAAGCAUAAUAUUCCGCAAGGUUUCUUCGAAAGAUACAGGAAGGAAGAGAAAAAACUUUUGAUGGAAAGGCUCAUUUCGAAAGACAAGUGGACUUCAACAGACUGGUUUGAGAUUAGCAAGAGAAGGCAAUUUUUAAAAAUGGCUUUAGAUGGGAAGCUUCCAGAAGUGGGCUUGAACGAUACUAUACAACGAUUCCGUAAACGAUAUGAAAUAGAAAAAAAGAGCAAUGAAGAUGCAUUCGAAAAUUUCUUUGACCCUUGGAGAAAAAGUGUGAUAAAGGAAAACAUUACUAGGGAAUUAUCUUUGAAAAACCUGAAGCCUGAAAGAGGUGAUCAGUGGUUCUUGGAUAAAGUUAGAGAAGCUCAAGAAAGACAAAGAAAGGAUACUUCGAACGGAAGCAAUAAUCCCAUCAGUGCAAAAACAGACGGAAUGGUUAAAGUUCCGGAUGAGAUUGACGAUGAUCCUUACACUAGACGUCUCUAUACAAAAGCUCUACAAGACGGGAAAGAAACUGACCAUUGUAUUCGGAUAAAUGUUGUUGGCAAUUUUGCACAAGGAAAAACAUCACUUAUAAGACGACUCGUUGGGCAAAGUAUUGAUGGAGUUGAAACAACAAAUGGAAUAGACAUUGAUCGGUACAUAUGCAAAGAGUCACAUGAUGGCAAUAUACAUUGUGUAAAAUCUAACAACGAUGAUGAUACAAGCGCUCUUCGUCGGCUUUUUAUGAUAGCCAGCUCAAUAGAACCUGACGAGGUGGAAAAUAUCGGUCAAAGCUCAGAAAUUGAUGAAACUAUACAUGAAAAUAAAGUAGAAAGUGCUGAAUUAGUACAGUCGCCAAUUGACUUCAAAAUCAACGACGAGUUUCUGUCGUUUUUGUACCUGAUAAAAACUGAAACAAGAGAAGAAGUUGUCCAAACAGAGAAAGAAUUACCUGUAACGUUUGACAUAUGGGACUUUGGUGGUCAGUAUAUAUUUUAUGCAACACAUACAAUGUUUCAUAGCAGAAAUGCGAUAUAUCUUCUUGUGAUGGAUCUUACGCUUGGCAUGGAACACAUUAUUUUGGACGAGGAUUUUCCUGCAGAGACUGGUGACAGAAAUAUGGAAUACUUUAUCAAAUUCUGGAUGAAUUCCAUCCAUUCAUUCGUUGGCACACAGAAUGGUCCCGAACCACACAUUAUUCUUGUUGGAACACACAAAGAUAAGAUACCUGGAGAUGGAAAUACCAAACAGAAUUGUAUUGAAAAAUAUUUUGAGGAUGUAAGAAUGCUCUUUGACAAUACGGAGGUAAUUAAGCAUAUACAUUCAAAAGACUUUGCUGUUGAUAAUACUUCAUCAGAAGAUAAUGGCAUCGAGUUGUUAGGAAAGGAGAUUAUAAAGUUAGGCACGGAAAAGGCAAAAGAAGUCAAAAUACCUGCAAAAUGGAUACAUCUAGAAGAGUCUCUGCAAAAGAGAAAGAGCGAGAAUAUAAUUUCAUUUCAUGAAGUAAAGAAAAUUGACGCUGAAAACAUUUUUCCGCUGGAUGACGAAGAACAAAUCAAGUUGUUCCUGAAAUACCACCAUUCAAAGGGCACAUUGUUCUAUUUUGAUGAAGAACCAGUCUCAGAAUACGUCGUGAUCAAUCCGCAAUACCUUAUCAAUGCAUUUAAGUGCAUUAUAACAUCAGAAAGGUUUUGUAAAAAAGAUCCAAAUAUUCGUCCAUUAUGGAGCCGGCUAGUGAAGGAAGCAAGACUUGAAAAUGACCUGAUCGACUUUCAGUGGAGAAGGAAUGACGACCAACAUUUCAUGGCAAAUAGGACUGUACUACUUUCCCUGCUGAAGAAACAUCAUAUCAUAUCAGAGGUUACGUCUUUCGAUGAGCAAUGUCAGAAGACUGAAGGUCUUGGUUGGUACAUAGUUCCUAGCUUACUGAAGAACAGAAUAACAAAAACGAAGAUCGAUGAUUUUCUCCAGGGAAAAAGACAAACUAUUAUACGGAUUGCCCUGCUGUUUGAGAAUUCAGCUAUACUGCCAACAGUCUGUCAUCGACUGUUUGCUGCAGCUCUUGGCAAAUGGUGUGUUGCUUCCUUCCACAACCAAAUAUUAUUGUUUGAGGACUUUGCUGUCUUCAGGCUUGACAUGUAUCAAGUAGGAAUAAUCAAAAUGAAUUUGAGAGACAGAGUUAUAGAACUUCAAGUUUUAGGUAUUGGAUGUUCCGCAUAUUUGGGUGACAGUUUCCGACGAUUUAUGGAAGCAAUUGUAAAUCAUGAGUUUAGAAAAUUUAACACAAGCGAACAACACCAACCGUACAGAUUGAGCUACAGAUGCAAUCACAAAAGCCAUGGAAUCGAUGGAAGUGAACUCGUUGAACUGUCACUCGUAAGAGGCAAACACAACGUUCCCUGUCCGAAUUUGGAGAAUCAUACUAUACCUAUAGCAGAGGCAAAGUCAGAAUGGUUCCUGGAAGACAAAAUAAGGAUGAAUGACAUUCCAAAUAGAAUACCUUCUGAAAAACAGCUUAGUAAAUUUUCUAGAUCGGUUGGGGAGAAUUGGGAGAUACUUGGUAUUGAAUUGGGAUUGAGCAAGGUAGCAAUAGACCUUUUAAAUGAGGACAAUCAAACGGCUGUCAUGAAAAGAUUCGAAAUGCUAAUGGAAUGGCGAAAACAACAAGCUGAUAGAGCAACUAUUGAUGUUUUGGUGGAAGCAGUAAAGAAAACCCCACAAGUUCGAAUUGACUGGGACAUCAUUCGAAAUAUAAUUGAUGAAAUGAAAGAGCAAUGAGCACGAUUAUAAUGACGAGGAUGUACCGCGCAGACAACAGAGCGCAGCAAAUGCCUGAAAUAAAAUCAGAACUGCAACAGGAAAAGUGUAUUGAAACGUUUACUUGUUAUCUCUGAGAUACAUUUCAAAGACGAAGACGACGACGACGGCGAUAGUUUUAUACUACAAGACUGUCAUGAAAGAAAUGAAAUAUCACAUACUAAAAAACUAACUUUAGGAUGAUCGUGCAUACAUAAAAGUUAUAAACAGUUGAAGAUUUUAAGCAGUAUCGAUGCUCAGCUAGAUAGAUUCUAUUUGGAAAUAUAACAUUCUUCGAUAGAAUAUAUCAUUACUGUCUCAAUCAAUGUAAAUAUGAAAUAAAGUGUUGUGUAAUAUAUCCAUGUAAAUAUCUGUAUUCAGAUUAAUAGAUCACUUUUUGAAAAAAAAAAUGUUUAAUCUAGUUUAAAAGGAUACACAGAUAAUUGUGUAGAAAAUUAAAAUCCUUUAAAUCAUUGUGGAAACGACAUUUUUCACAUUUUAUUUAAAUGCUUAGUUAAAAUAUAUAACGAUAUCUUAUUUUGAUGAUAUGGGUGUAUAUUUACUAUGCUUUUGAUAACCUGACUUGGUUAGGAUAAUGCCUAAAAUUGCUUGAAGAUGUAACUGUCCGCUUUUCAUUUUUGAUGUUUCUCAUUUUUGCCAUGGUCAAAGUAUGAAAAUUAGAUUUUAAUGGUCAAAUUCUUGAUUCUUGAUUUGACGAUUUGUCAUAUGAUUUUGCGACUUCACAUAUAGUCAUAUGGCGACUACCACAGCAUGAGAUAACUCGAGAAAACGGCUUAAAUUUAUUAAAUAAAUAAGUAAACUAGCACAAAUGCAUUGGCUUUUUUAAAAAAAAGAUCUCAAACAACACCUAAAUAUUUAAAUAUACGAUAUCAAAUAAGUAAUUUACAUAUUUUCUGAACAGAGAUUUAGACGACUUUUGUAUUUGUAAUUGUGUUGGUUUAUUGUAUUUUCAUGUAAAAGCAGCAUUUUACAAUCAUGAUAGUUCAUGUUUUCUUUUAUUUCAUAAAUGGAUGUUAACAAUGGUAUAUAGAAAUAAAUUUGGUUAGACCUUAUGAACACGGAAUUAUUUAUUUUUCAAUUAAUUAUGGACGUA